AUGACGAACCGGCGCCUUGGCAAGGGUGUGAAGGUGAUGAUCAAGUCCGGCAAUGUGCCUGCCAUCAUCAAGGAGGCAGCGGGUGAGAAAACAUGGCUUGUCUUUCCUGUGGAUGAGACCGGCAAGACAAUUAAUCCCGAUGGGUCGGGGCGAGUUCUGAAAUCCCAACAAUUGCGGCAUCUCAAGGCUGGAGAGACAUUUCCGGAGCCCCAAGAGCAACCAGGCAAACCAAAGGCAACGAGUACUCGACAGCCAAAGAAGAAGAAGCCAACAACAACAGAAACGGAGCCUCCGAAAAAAGCAGCAGCCAAGGCUCCCAGCACCGAGGCUUCGGAUCCCACGGCUUCAACAAUCGAAGUGUCCCCACAACCUCGACCAUCGGCAGCCAAGAAGUCUUCACCAGCAGAAGUGCAACCUCCACCUGUGGUAGUCGUCGAUUCUCCCAAUGAGCCUCCCGCGGCUUCGUCCCCACCAAAACAGCAAGUCGUUGUGGAGGAUGUGGAUUCCGAAUCUGAGAGCGACGAUGACGAGCUUUUCUUAGCAGGAGUCCAUCGUCGGCGUGCCAAACUGGCAGCAAGGAAGGCGGAAGAAUCAAAUAAGGCAUCCCUCAAGUCAUCCGACAAUGAAGUCGAAGUCAUCCAAUCAUCCGACGAUGGAUCUGUCCAAUCAGCCAAGUCAUCCGACAAUGAAGGCGAAGUCAUCCAACCAUCCGACCAUGGAUCCGUCCAAUCAGGCAGCACCACUUCAUCCUUCCAGUCACAGAAGCAAGCAUCUGUCCAGUCAUCAAACAAUUCGUUUGUCCACGGAAGUGUAGGAAGCAACAACAGCAGCCUUCCCAAUAAUGUUGAAACCAGUGGCAGCGAGGACUCUGGCGACGUUUGCGAACCCACGGAUCAGAGAAUGAGUGAAGAUUUCCCCCAGCACAAUGGGGUUGACCUCGUGGAUGAAGAUGGCCAACCAGUGCUUGACCCCAAUGAUUUGUUAAUCAUUGAAGGAAUGGAGGAUGAGGACAAGUACGCAAAGAAAUGGAGAGAGUAUGAAGAAGAGAAGGCUCGGCUCCUUCGUGAAGGAUGGACUGUGGAGCGAAAACCUCCAAUGUCUCAAGCCAUCUACAAAGAUUCCAUCCACAUCCUUGACUCUCAUACGAGAUAUGCGACGCAUGACUUGGAAGCUUGUGGAAGAUUCCCAUCCUGA